UAAUUUCUGGCAUAGAAGGUGGUUCUACGUUAAUUGCAUAAUAUUGUCUGGGUACAUUACAAGCUUCUUUAAUAUUAAUGCAGGCCUCUAAGUGGAAUUGACUUUUCCAACCAGUGUCUUAAUACAGCAGUUGUCUGUAUCAAUGAUUAAAAGAUUGGACAGGUGGAUCAAUAGAUUUUUGCCCCUUUUAUAUCCACGGCUCUUCUAAUUGAAAUGAUUAUUACCAGGUCAGGUGUUUACACCCUGUUAUAUAGCCGCUGUGUCAAUAUCCAGGAACAAGCUCGAUCUCUCUCCUCCACGUCGACGAUUUAAAGGUCUGGCGAUUCCUGUCAUAUAUAGGAGGCUUGUAAAAGCCUGUUGAUAACGAAAGAGCGUCACAAAAACAAGAUGGCCGCCAAUGUCUGUAAACAUCUCCUCGGUACUUCCUGAUGUACUGGGAGAUUGCGUGAAAUCUUUGUUUUUUUUGUGUCGGAGAGAUUUAUUUUAUUGUCUGUGUGUGUGUGUGAUUCUGUGACCAGUGUGGAACACUGGCGACUUUCUGGGCAGUGCAAUCAUGGAGCCAAGUUAUAAGAUGGGAAAAUAUAGUCCAAAUCACUUACUGGAACAACAAGAUUUUGAAGAGAAUCAUCAGUGGACAAUGAGUGGCCCACCUGGCAGCAUUCAAGAUCAUGAUAACUUCAAUGUACAACAGAAGAAGUUGGAAAAAGAGAGAAGGCGAAUUGAAGAACAAUCUCGGAAAAAGAGACAGCAGUUAGGAAUAUUACAACACAACCCCGACAGUCGGCCGACGUCAGGCCGCAAACAUCGCAGCGAAACACAACCCCUUGUGGGGUCUAAACCGUCCACCCCUACAAAUCUCCAUGCCAAAAACAAGUCAAAAAAGAAAUUACUGGAAAAGCAUGAGCAUGAAUACAUCGGUCCUGCGGGUUUCGAGGAUGAGGAGGAAAUUCGUAGCCACUCGCCAAACCUUCGUCGUAACGACGGCUCGUAUCCGGUCCUCAACGUAACGGAGGACAGCUACAGCGACGACCCAGAUAGCGAUAUCCAGGACAUUCCCAUCAUAAAUCAAGGUGAGGAAUCAAACAAAAGGCGGAAAGACAAAAACAAGAAAGGCCCGGGCAAAUCAGGGGGCGGAGGGCAGUGGACGGCCCUUACUCCAAAUACCUCCUCCUCCUCCCUCUCAAAGAAUGCCGGGUCACGAUCCCGCACCCCCGAGAUCAUGAUCACGGGGGCGGACGACCGACAGCCAGACAACGAUUCCGAUGUGGACGAUAUCCCCAUGUUGGAUGCAGAAAACUCAAACAAACCUAGCAAAGGCCAAAGGCAGAAAAACAAAAAAGCUGCCCCUAAUCGGCCGCCGCCGCCCCCUAGUACCAGCGGCGAUCGUUCUGGAGGGCGAUCCCCGAUACCUCCCGCAGCUCAGCAGAAACAGCGACAGAAGGCGGGCAGUCAGCCAGUCCAGGGAUUCCAGCAGCCAGAGGAGGAGGAGGAAGACGACGGAGUGGAUGAGACCAGUGCCCCCGUAGUACCCAGCAAGUCCCCCAGCAGUAAAAACCUCAAACAGAUGGCCACCUACAACAAUGAGAAUGAUGAUCAAGACGAUACACCAGGAGGUGCGGAGGGUCGAGACUACUCACCAGAGCUCACGGAAAACCUGGACGAUUUUGUCCUCAGGCCAGCCCCUCAAGGUCACGUUAUGAAGUGCCGGAUCACAAGAGACAAAAAAGGUGUGGAUCGAGGAAUUUAUCCCACUUACUUUCUCCAUUUAGAGAAAGAUGAUGGCAAAAAGGUGUUUUUACUGGCUGGUAGAAAGAGGAAGAAGAGUAAAACCUCAAACUACCUGAUCUCCACCGACCCUACAGAUCUGUCAAGGGGAGGCGAGGCCUACGUAGGAAAACUCAGGGCCAACUUAUUAGGUACCCAGUUCACGUUAUUUGACAAUGGUGACAACCCAAAAAGCAAUUAUGAAAACGCUAGAAAAGAAUUAGUUGGAAUUAUUUAUGAAACAAAUGUCUUAGGUUUCAAGGGACCCAGAAAAAUGACCAUUAUUAUUCCUGGAAUGAAUUUGGACCAUGAACGAGUAGACAUCAAGCCAAGAUCUGACAAUGACGGCUUGAUUGACAGAUACAAGAGGAAGAAUAUGGAGAAUAUACUGGAGCUCCAUAACAAGACUCCAGUCUGGAAUGAUGAGACUCAAUCAUAUGUGCUAAAUUUCCAUGGACGUGUCACUCAGGCUUCUGUAAAGAAUUUCCAAAUUGUGCAUGACAAUGACGUUGAGUACAUUGUGAUGCAGUUUGGUCGAGUGGCAGAAGAUGUAUUUACCAUGGAUUUUAAUUACCCUCUCUGUGCUGUUCAAGCUUUUGGAAUAGCACUGAGUAGUUUUGACAGUAAACUAGCCUGUGAAUAACCCCUACUCCCUCCCCAAUAUCUCCACCCCACCCACCAUCAUCUUAAUCACAGCUCAAUCCAAUCUCAUCAUUUUUUUUUUAACUUUGCCAAUAAAUGUAGCGUUUCUUUGCUUUUUGUGUGAAAGUGAUAACUUGUAACUUGGUUAUGAAAUUGCACUUUUUAUUUUAAAAAAUGGGUCCACAUAUUAUAUUUAUCAUAAGUUGUAUAAAGGAUAUGUGUAAUUGAAGAUUAAAAAAUUACAUGCUAGGAAUACGUUACAGAAAUUUUCAGAACUAUUUUACUUGGUCAGAAAUCUGCAUGCACAUUUUACUGUGUUCAAUCUCAUCUUCAUUUUGUGUUCAUUAUUUUAAAAAAAUUCUUUAGGAAAAACAAGUAGUGGACAUUCUUUGCUAUGACUUACAACAUAUACUCCUUAGAAUUGUUAAUCCUUAUUUUUUCUAUUUGAAAACUGUUGUAAAAAGGCUUUCUUUGUUUUUUGAAUUUUUUUUUCAUAAUAUUACAAUAUCAUAGACCAUUUUAUUUAUGCUGGACACAUUUUCCCCCUUUUGCUUUUUUUGAACAGUUGAAGUGGACUAUGGUACAUAAAAAACCAAGUGUAGACAAUUCCUUCUCUGUAACGUAGAACUGAUCUGAAGUAUUUCCUUCAUAAGUAGAUAUGGUCAUAGGGGAUUCCAGUUUCUGUCAGAAAUUGAGCAUGUGGUGUUUUCUCUAAGAGAAUUGACAUUAUAUUAGAAAAUAUUUUAAAUAUUUUUAUUGUGCUGAAUUGUUAGAUUAUUUUAACAGAUGUGAAUGAAAGUUUUUAUUUGUAAGUGAUAAAAAAAUAUCACAUGACCAUUCAUGAAUAUGAUAAUCAAGGUCACAAUCGAAUUGUUUGAAAUAUGAAUAUUCAUGCUGUGUUUUUGCUUAAAUGUAGGUGUUGUGAUUUGAUUUUGUAUAUCAAAUGAUUCCUAAGUACUCUAAUUGUGACUUAUUUUUUUCCGUCCAUAUGCAUAUCACAUGGGCAUUUUAAUACCCCACCCCCUUCAUAUGGUUGUUGCAUGACAUAUAAAUAAACAUGUGGCAACAGACCUUUUCCCCAUUAGUCUUGAAAAUCCCAGUUUGUUGUAUUUUAUAUUGUGGUUGUGAUAAAUUGGGGGGAAAAACAUUCAACAUGUGUAACAUUAUAUUUUAGUGAUUUUUUUAUAACAAAAAAAAUUGUAUAUGACUUGUUGUUAUGGUGUUGGCUUUGCCAAUUGUGCAAUCUUUUUUUAUUUUUGUCAUCUCUCUUGCUCUGCUAUCUUAAACCCACUUGGAUACUGUUAAAAACAUUGUACUAGCAAGAAAACACAUUUGCCAUAUUCAGUAAUAUUUAUGGCUGAAGAAAUACUAUUUCUAUAGACAUCCUUAUGAAUGUUAGUUACAUCAUUUCUCAAGCCAGCUUUCGCCACGAAAAUACUUAAGUUUGUGAAGUGUAUACGAAUGCUAGUGACAAAUAAAAGAUGUUACAGUACCUUAUUUUUGGGAGGGGACAUUUUAGCAGUAGAUUGUUAUUUGAGGCAGAACAGAGUGAUGUCCCUUUACUGUUGUGUUUAGUUCAGGUGAUUUCACUGUUAUACUUGCACAAACAAACAUUUUUUUUCCAAAUUUGAUCAAAUUAAGAUUUUCUGAUUUCAAACAUGUCAGACAAAAUUUGUAU